CCGUCUUCCACCUGUCCGUGGUCACUGCGCACGUAUCUCUCAUCGUUUCUCUGUUCCCUUUACAAGUGGGUGUGAUGGAGCUAAAGCAUAUUUACUUGACAGAAGCUUAAUUAUUCAUCCGCAGGAACCUGCACAGGGAGUUAAGAGAGGCCACGGGGUCAGCGUGGAGUGGAGACCGGUGGACAAGGAAGGUCGAGCACCGAGCUGCGGAAGGAGAAGUCGCGGGAUGCGGCCCGCAGCAGGCGCAGCCAGGAGACGGAGGUGCUGUACCAACUGGCGCACACCCUGCCCUUUGCGCGCGGCGUCAGCGCGCACCUGGACAAGGCCUCCAUCAUGCGCCUCACAAUCAGCUACUUGCGCAUGCACCGCCUCUGCGCUGCAGGGGAGUGGAACCAGGUGGGAAAAGAGGGAGAACCACUGGACGCCUGCUACCUGAAGGCCCUGGAGGGUUUCGUCAUGGUGCUCACCGCUGAGGGAGACAUGGCUUACCUGUCGGAAAAUGUCAGCAAGCACCUGGGCCUCAGUCAGCUGGAGCUCAUUGGACACAGUAUCUUUGAUUUUAUCCAUCCCUGUGACCAAGAGGAACUCCAGGAUGCCCUGACCCCGAGACCAAGCCUGUCAAAGAAGAAGUCAGAAGCAGCAACAGGACGCCACUUUUCCCUGCGAAUGAAGAGCACACUCACCAGCAGGGGGCGCACGCUGAACCUCAAAGCGGCCACCUGGAAGGUGCUGCACUGCUCAGGACAUAUGAGGGCCUACAAGCCCCCUGCACAGACUUCCCCCGCCGGGAGCCCUCGCUCCGAGCCUCCCCUGCAAUGCCUGGUGCUUAUCUGUGAAGCCAUCCCCCACCCAGCCAGUCUGGAGCCCCCACUGGGCCGAGGGGCCUUUCUCAGUCGCCACAGCCUGGACAUGAAGUUCACAUACUGCGACGAGAGGAUUGCAGAAGUUGCUGGCUACAGCCCCGAUGACCUGAUUGGCUGUUCUGCCUAUGAAUACAUCCACGCUUUGGACUCUGAUGCAGUCAGCAGGAGCAUCCACACUUUGCUGAGCAAGGGCCAGGCAGUAACAGGGCAGUAUCGCUUCCUGGCCCGGACUGGAGGCUAUCUGUGGACUCAGACUCAGGCUACAGUGGUGUCAGGGGGGCGGGGCCCCCAGUCGGAAAGUAUCAUCUGCGUCCACUUCCUGAUCAGCCGUGUAGAAGAGAACGGAGUGGUGCUGUCCCUGGAACAAACGGAGCAACAUACUCGCAGACCCCCUCAGCUGGGUACCUCCUCGAAGAAGGGUAUCCCAGGCAACAGUCUAGACCCUCCCGCUCCACGGAUCCUGGCCUUCCUGCACCCUCCAGCCCUGAGUGAGGCCUCCCUGGCUGCUGACCCUCGCCGUUUUUGUAGCCCAGACCUGCGCCGCCUCAUGGCACCCAUCCUGGAUGGACCUCCCACAGCCGCUACCCCCAGCACCCCGCAAGCUGCACGGAGACCCCAAAGUCCUCUUCCGGCUGAUCUCCCAGAUCAGUUGGCUGUGGGCUUGGAGAAUGCACACAGACUCUCCACUGCCCGGAAAAACAAGACCAUGGAGACAGAUCUAGAUAUAGCUCAGGACCCUGACACUCUGGACUUGGAGAUGUUGGCUCCGUACAUCUCCAUGGAUGAUGACUUCCAGCUCAACUCCAGCGAGCAAUUGCCCAAAGUCCACCGCAGACCUCCCAGGACGGCCCGCAGGCCUCGUGCUCGGAGCUUCCAUGGCCUGUCGCCUCCCAUCCCUGAGGCCACCCUGCUGCCCCGCUGGGGGAGUGAUCCACGACUGAACUGUUCCAGCUCCUCCAAGGGGGAUCCCCCCACAGCCCCCCUGACGCCUAGAACUCGGAAGAGGGCCUUGGCCCAGAGCUCAGAGGACAAAGGGUUGGAGCUGCUGGAAACGAAGCCCCCCAAGCGGUCCCCAAGACUAGAACCUGGAAGUGUCCUGCUGCCUCCGCUCAGCCUGAGUUUCCUUCUGCAAGGUCGACAACUUCCAGGGAACCAGCCGGAUCCCAGAGCCCCACUCGUGGAUUCGCAUGAGCCCUUGGGCCUAGCUCCCUCGCUGCUCUCUCUCUACCAGCAUGAGGAAACUAUCCAGCCCAGGAACCACUUCCUCCCAGCAGCAGGCUUGGCCCAGACACACUGAGUCAGCCUUCCUCUCAGCCCUCUUCUUCUACCCCAGAAAGGACUCAGCCGCACUCCACACCAGCAGCCUACACCCAGGAUGGGGCCUCUCUCCUCUGAGUGUGUCCCCCAGCCAGCCACAGUCCUACCUCAGCCCCCUCCAACCUUCUGCCUUCCUGCAGUCAGAGGCUUCUUGGGUGUUCUCAGCUCAGUGACCUCUGGGAAGGGUGUGUAACCCUCCCCCACCUCCUCUCAGGAAUUCCUUUGGGGUUCUCCACAGUUCUCCAUACCUCACUACCCCUUUCUCUGACUAUCUUUGCUUUAUUUGGGAGAAUGAGGGGUUGGGAAAAUCAGGGAUCCAUCUCUGCAUCCCGGCCCCAUGGAGCUUAGACAACUGUAAUCACGGUAUUUUGGUCCCCCCCCCCCCCCCCGUUCCUCUUCUAGCAGCUUUACUUGGUCCUUUUCACAACAGGGCAUUCAGUCGCUCUGCAUUUCCCAGAUCCACAGCAAUGGCAGGACUCUGGUCUUCCCCCUCUUCCUUGCCAAAUGUGGGGAGACUUCGGGUCUGAUCUCAACUCAAGCAACUUAUGGAGUCUCCGCCUCCCAAAGCUGCCACCCAGCUCUGCUUACCCUUUCUGCUCCUGACUUUCUGCUGGUCCCCGACCCUGCCUGAAAAGGAUCUUCCUAUGUUAGAGGGAGCCAGCCACUUCCUCCACUCCACAGACCUAUAAUCUCUGGCCUUCUCUGGAUCUCAAAUACUUGACUCCCGCCUUUACUGUUUAUGGACUGCAACCUCUGGCCUUCCCUGGACCUAGGCUAUACCACUUUCUCUCUUCCUUGCAUCUAGACCUUGCAGCUCCUGCUCUUUGUUGGUUCUAGAUUGUAUGCCCUUGGGCCUUCUCUGCUUCUAGAGGUUUGUGGGUUCUCUGAUUCUAGACCUUCUACUUCCUGGUUCUAAAGCAUACAAUCCAUGGCCUUUUCCUCGCUCUCUGUCUCCAUUGUUUCUCAUCUUUUUCUGUUUCUAGAGUGUGAGGCCUGUGAGCUUCAUUGGCUCUAGACUGUACCACCAGUGGUCUCCUCUAGUUUGAGGCGCUCCUGACCCCUGGCCUUCCCUUGUUCUAGACACUGUGGCCUCUGGCCUCCAUGGUUCUAAACUGUGUUGUUCCUGCCUUCUUUGAGUCUAGACUGUGCACCCUCUGACCUUCUCUGGUUCUAGCCUGCACAUUCUCCAGUCUUUUACCUGACUCUAGACUGUAUGCCUUAUGACCCUGCUGUGGUUCUAGACCAUGCCACUUUUCUGGCCUUUUCUCUGAUUCUAAACACAGGCCCUCUGGUCUUCUGUGGUUCUAGACCAGGGGUUCUCAACCUUCCUAAUGCUGCAAUCCUUUAAUACAGUUCCUCAUGUUGUGGUGACCCCUGACUCUAAAAUUAUUUCGUUGCUACUUCAUAACUGUAAUUUUGCCUCUGAUACGAAUCAUAACGUAGAUACCUGAUACACAGGAUAUCUGAUAUAUGAUCCCCAAAGUGGUCACAGCUCACAGAUUGAGAACUGCUGUUCUAGACUGUACAGCCUAUGACCUUCUUUGAUUCUAUGUUAUCUUGCUUUGAUCUUCAUUGGUUCCAAACUAUGACCACUAGCCUUCCUUGGCAUUUCCUGGUUCUAAACUGUGCUAUCACUGACUCCCCCUGGUUCUAGACUGUGUUAUCUUUUACUUCCCUGGGGUUCUAGACUAUGCUAUCAUUCACACACACACACACACACACACACACACACACACACACACACACACACACCCCUUCUAGACAGCAUCAUCUCCAACAUGGUCUGCUACAGACCUCAAUUUCCUCAAACUCCUCUAAUUCCACACCUCAUCGUCUUUAGUUCUUUCUUGGGCUGAAUCUCACAACUCCCAAUCCUGCCAUUUUAAAGUGGGGUUUGAAUUACAUAAUCUUUAAGGCUCUCUGGAUCUAACGUCUACAACCACCAAGAAUCCUUUGGCUUUAAGACUUAUUCUGUAAUUUCCUCUGGUUUUAGUCCUCUUCUAAAAAAAAUCCUCUGGUUCUCAUGCCCUCUGCUCCCUGUCAUUGCAGACCAUUGGUGUGUGCAGUAGCGAGGAUUAAACCCAAGGCCUUGCACAUGCUAGGCAAGCACUGGGCUGUAUUCCCAGUCCUUUAUUAUGUCUUAUUUUGAGACAGAAUCUUUAUUGAUUGCACAGACUAAUCUUGAACUCAAGUCUGUAAACCUAGGCAGGCCUUGAACUCAUGAUCCUCCUGCCUCAGUCUCCCAAGAAGCUGGGAGUUACAAGUCUUUGAGACUGACCCCAGCUAAUCUUUUUUUUUUUUUUUCCUUUUUUUCGGAGCUGGGGACCGAACCCAGGGCCUUGCGCUUGCUAGGCAAGCGCUCUACCACUGAGCUAAAUCCCCAACCCUGACCCCAGCUAAUCUUAUAAUUGAUGAUUUCUUCGUGUUUCUGGAUCCCCCAACUCCAAGCUUCUUAUUAGUUCCAGUCUUCCUGAUCCAGACCUCAUUUCUGGAUAAUUUUUGUUCCAAACCACAUGAUGUCAAUUUUAUUGUUAUUCAGGUCUCUGCAUUCAAGAAUUCAAGAAUUGCUUUCCCCCAAUAAGGAGGGGUAAAGGGGGUUUUAUGUUUGAACUUGGAUCUGGCCCUUCUGGAGCCAGAUACUAUGUGCCCAUUCUCUUGGGCUCCAGAUUUCAUUAUCCUCAAUCAUUACCUAUGUUUUAGUUUAUGCAAACUCUAGGCCUUGCAACUUCUAGGAUCCUCUGUUCUCAGACGACCUGGUGAUCUGCCUGUUACUGAGCUUCAUAUAUCAAGGUGGUGCACAUCUUUGAUCCCAGCACUUAGGAGGCAAAAACAGGCAAAUCUUUAAGUUUGAGGCCAGCUGAUCUGUAGAACAAGUUCCAGAACUCAAACUCACUGACCAUAAAUUUGCUAUGUAGUCAAAUGACCCUGAACCAGUGAUACCCCUUCACCCACCUCCCAAUUGCUGGGAUUCCAGACAUGCCCCAUUUCAUGUGGUGUUGGGGAUUGAACCCAGAGCCUACUGCAUGCUAGGCAAGUACUCUACCAACUGAGACUCGCCUAGCCUAGCCUCUAUAAAUGUCUUCUGCUUCUAGACCUUAGCCCAUGAGUUCCUUUGGUUCUAGACCUCACAAUUGCCAAGUCUACUUUACUUCAGUUCCUAUGACUCAAAGUACCCUUAAUCUAGACCGCGGCUUGAAAAUAUCAGCCUUAUCUAUUUCUCUAAUUCUAAACCUUAGAAUCCUAACUACACUUGAUCUUAGCCAAAAGGCCUAGAAGCGAUCUCAAUUCCUUCUAAUUCUAGAUUUUAAGAUCCUAAAAUUCCUGUGGAUUCUAGAACUUCAUUUGGUGGCUCUUUUUUUUUCCCAGGGAGGGGCUGGGUCUCAUGCAGCUCUGACUGGCCUCCAACUCACCAUGUAGCCAGAGAUGACCUUGAACUUGUGACCUCUACCCUUCCCCUCUCAAACUCUGCGAUUGCAAAUGUUCAAAUGCUCACUUUGUGUGGUGUCAGGGAUGAACCCCAGCUUUGUGCAUGACAAGCCAACACUCUGCCAACUGAGAUACACCUUCUGUCCUAGACUUUGUUUCUGUCUGUCCCUCUGAGUCCCUGGGGUUCGAGGCCUCAUAGUUUCCAAUUGCCUCUGGCUUCUGGUCCUACUUCCUUAGGCUGUAGAAUGCAGCCUUCAAAUGUUUCUUGUUAUAGAAUCUAGAACUCAUCAUGUAGAUUUCCUUGAUUCAAGACCUCACACCCCUUGACUGCCUGGGUCCAAAUCUAGUCCUUCUGGUUUCAUCAGGGCUUCCCAGCCCUCCCUGAACCUGUCUCAGUUCUUAAUCUUCAAGUCUUCUCAUCCCAGAUGCUCUGCUCAUGAAGUUCACGCUCUCCUGUCUCACCCUAGAACCUCUCUCACACCCCGCCCCAAGCUUCCAGGCAUGCAUUUAACCUUAACUCUACUCCAGGUAUCUAGGGACCUGGGGCUCCUUCUUCCUUCCUAGGGGCUCCAUAAUCCAGCCGCACACAGGCACACGCACAGCUCUAUCUGCAUAUCUUGGGGUGGGGAAAGAGGGCAGGACCCCUCAGCUGUCUCCCACCAGCCAUGCGUCUUCCUAACCCCCAGCUCCCCUUCUACGAUGGUGCUACUCCGGGUCUUCCACAGGAAAGGCUCCCAUCUCUACCUUAUUCACCCCUCUUUGGAAGGCAAUAUUCAAUUUGUCUUGUCAAGAGGUGGCUUGUUCAGGUGCUACAGGGGAAAGGGCCUGAAUCCUCUCUCCCCUCAUGGAUGUUAUAGGCCCUUAAUGGGAAGAAUUGUCCUGGGCUAGGGGAGAGGGAAGGACCUGGCCCAGCUGUGCUUAGCUCAGAAACCCACAAAUGUCUUCAAAACUACCAUAAAGACCUCGCCUUGGUAGGCACCAGAGA